GUGUGUUCGUCUUUCCCAGGGCUCCCGGCAUCCCGGAAGUUGGACCGCAGGCUCUUCACAGUCAACCUCUUGCCAGUGUUCGCCGUGUGCUUCGGUCCCUCGUCUCGCAGUCCCAGCUCCCGGGGCCGCUGCUCUAGGUCCGCAGGUCUCCGCCGGCGACAGACCCAUGGCCGAGCGCGGAGAAGUCGACCUGACUGGCGCCAAGCAGAACACUGGAGUGUGGUUGGUCAAGGUUCCUAAAUAUUUGUCGCAGCAAUGGGUUAAAGCCCCUGGAAGAGGUGAAGUUGGGAAGCUGAGGAUUGCCAAAAAUCAAGGAAGGACCGAGGUUUCAUUUACUUUGAAUGAGGAUCUUGCAAAUAUUCAUGAUAUUGGUGGAAAACCGGCUUCAGUCAGUGCUCCUAGAGAACAUCCAUUUGUCUUACAAAGUGUUGGAGGACAGACAUUAACCGUGUUCACUGAGAGCUCCUCAGAUAAGCUUUCACUGGAAGGAAUAGUGGUACAAAGAGCUGAAUGCUGACCUGCUGCCAAUGAAAACUACAUGAGGUUAAAGAGAUUGCAAAUAGAAGAAUCUUCCAAACCUGUAAGGCUAUCACAGCAGCUGGAGAAAGUCGUGACAACCAAUUACAAGCCUGUUGCUAAUCAUCAGUACAAUAUUGAAUAUGAAAGGAAAAAGAAAGAAGAUGGAAAACGAGCCCGAGCUGAUAAACAACACGUUUUGGACAUGCUGUUUUCAGCUUUUGAGAAGCAUCAGUAUUAUAAUCUGAAGGACUUGGUGGACAUCACAAAACAACCUGUGUCGUACCUGAAGGACAUCUUAAAGGAAAUUGGUGUUCAAAAUGUAAAAGGGAUCCACAGAAACACAUGGGAACUGAAGCCAGAAUACAGACAUUAUCAAGUAGAAGAAAAAAGUGAUUAAGAAGAUUCGAAGCCCGCCUAACAGAACUAAAGGAUGAUGAGCUGAGCAGGCAGCCUUGAUACGUGAAUCCUUGAGCACCAUCUAUUAUAGGGGGGAAAUGACUGGUAUUUUCAUUUCUCUAGGUAAAUUUUUUAAACAAUAAUUCUUGUAAAGUUGCUUAAAUGAUUUUUGAGGAAAAAGAACAUCUUUAUUUAUAUACUUAUAUUAAACCAGAUUAUU